AUGAGGAGCCAGGUACCCCCCACUCCAGUCUCAUUUCUCUUCUCCUCUGCAGCUGCGCCCAAAUCCGUGAUUUCCCUCCAUCCUCCAUGGACCACAGUCUUCAAAGGAGAGAAAGUGAAUCUGACUUGCAACGGAUUUCACAUCUGUGCCCCAGAGAAAAUAACGUGGUACCAUCGCUACUCUUGGAAUAAAAAACAAACGGAAACCCUCGGAAACUCGCUCGAGGUCCAUGAUUCUGGAGAGUACAGAUGCCAGGCGCCAGGUUGGCUCCAAAGCAACCCUGUGUACUUGGUCUUUUCUUCAGACUACUUCAUCCUCCAGGCCCCGUAUUCUGUGUUUGAGGGUGACAGAUUGGUUCUGAGAUGCCAGAGCAAGGAAAAGAAGAAACUGACUGCUGUGAAAUACACUUGGAAUGGAAGAGUUAUUGCUAAUUCUAGCAGAAGCUGGGACCUUUUGAUACCCCUAGCAAGUUCAAAUAACAGCGGUCCAUACCAGUGCAUUGGCUCCUCAGAGGAAAAUUAUAUAAUUAGAUCAAACAUCAAAAUAAUUCGAAUUCAAGAACUAUUUCCACGGCCAAAGCUGAAAGUCACAGCCUCCCAGCCUACCGAGGGGAAUUCUGUAAACCUGAGCUGUGAAACACAGCUUCCUCUGGAGCGGUCGGACUCUCUGCUUCACUUCGUCUUCUUCAGAGACAAGGAGGUCAUCCUGUCAAACUGGAGCAGGUCCCCGGAAUUCCAGAUCGCAACCAUCUGGAGAGAAGACUCAGGGUGGUAUUGGUGUGGUGCUGAAACUGUGACCCACAGCGUCUGCAAACGCAGCCACCCUCUGCAGAUCCAGGUGCAGAGAAUCCCUGUGUCUGGAGUGCUUCUGGAGACCCAGUCCCAGGGGAGCCAGGUAACCGAAGGGGAGACGCUGGUCCUUGUCUGCUCCGUGGCUGAAGGCACUGGGAACACCACCUUCUCCUGGCACAGAGAGGACACAGGGCAGGAUCUGGGGAGGAAAAGUGAGCGUUCCCAGAGAGCAGAGCUGGAGAUCCUUGCUGUCGGGGAGGGCCACGCGGGGGGAUACUACUGUACGGCUGACAACGGCCACGGCCUCCUCCAGAGUGAGCCGGUGAACGUCACUGUGAGAAGCAGUCCGAGGAGCAGGAGUAGCCUCUUCACUGUGGGAGCUGCUGGGGGGUCGUUCAGCAUUCUUCUCCUAGCUGUGGCCCUAUUGUUUUACUGCUGGCACCAGAAGAAAUCAGGAGAAUGUUUUCUGGGAGACACUAACAGGAGCCCUCCCAUCCCAGGCCCAGGAGAUCCCGCCCUAGUGGAGCUGCAGCUACUGUAUGUCAAUGCACACCUCAAAGAGGAAGGCUUGAUAUAUUCUGAGAUCCAGAUUAUUCAGCAGGGAGACAAAAGGGAAGCCAGUACCUCCAAAACAUCUCUAGAGGACAAGCAUAUCUCAGUUGUCUACUCUGAGGUGAAGACACAGCUCCCAGAUGAUUCUGCUGGAGAGGUCGGCCAUAAGGAUGAAGAUGACAUGGACGCUUAUGAAAAUGUCCUACUCGUAUGACUUGUCUCUGACCCAAAGGCCCCAGCUCAGGGCAGUCCUCAAGUUCCCUGGAGUCACCAACUAAUUCCAUCUUUGCAGUUCUUCUUGCCCAUGUGCAUUCACUCCCAGGACUCAAUUCAUCCACACUGAGGUGGUGGUGGGAAGGGCGCUAACUCACUAAAAUGACCAGGCUGCACAGUUAAGAGAAGACCGUGUGUGUCUGCUCUGAGCCUAACCUAAUAUGCGCCCUAGGGUCUGAUUUAGGGAAAAGGAAUAUGGAGGGAGGAGACUGCUGCUGAAAAAGCAAAAGCACAAGUUCUGGUGAAUUGGCAAUUGCACAUAGACAGAAAAGUCUGAGUGAUUCAGGUCUCUGUUUAAUACGUCUACAACAAUUGUACCAAUGGACAGUCAUCUGAAUCAGUUCAUUAUGUGUAGCUGUGCCGGUACUUCACAGACAAUGCAUAGCUCCUUCUGUCUUGUUCACACUGUUUACACUGUCAGAAUUCAGUUGCAGAUAGAGGAAUCCACUCUAAAUGGUUUACAGAGAAAAUAAUUUAAAACAGAACUUUGCAAAACUGUGGGAAGAGCUAGAGAAGCAGUCUCCAGGUUUCACUUCCAAAAGCAAAAAGCAAUCAUGUUAACAUAUUUGAGACAAAGAUUUUUAACGUUAGAGAAAACAAAUACAAAUGCAAAAUUAAAAAGUUAAGUAAUGCCCUUACAAACCUAAAUGGAAUUAGAAACAUCAGUACAAAUGGAUGAAAAACUCUGUUUUUUAAAAAGAUAUUUAUUUCCUAGGUCUGUCCACUGAAAAGGCCUAGAAAUAAAUACCAACUCAGGAAGCACCUCUUGCACAGAUUGAAGUCAUUAAAUACUAUUUCGUACUAAAAAGACAUAAGGCUACCUUUCUUGGAGGGACUUUAUCUUUGAGUUACCAAAUAGUUGAUGUGAGAAUAAUUCUUCCAAUAAAUGAAGAAGGCAUGAAAGAAAUAAAAAAACCACUAUUUUGUACGAAUGUUUCAUACUAUACCUACUGCUCAGGUUAACAUAAAAAAACAGCCUAACAUUAUGUGCCUCCUGACGGAAGUAUUCGAUACCACCUAGAAAAUUGUCAUGCCUAAAUUAUCAACAGUGAACCCAAUCAAGUUUCUAGAUCUACUAGUUUACAGGAAAUACAUGGGGCAAAGGAAUGUGUUAAAUAGAACCAUGAGACUGUAAUCGGCCAAUCCAAACUGUGGAGAAAUUCUACAGGGCAAAUGACUUGGUUUCUUUAACAAGUAAAUAACAGAUGGAAGGAAGGAAGGAAGGAAGGAAGGAAGGAGAAAAGGAAAAGCGAGAGACUGAAGACCUAUAGCUUAAAUGAGACUUGAGGAACGUCAACCAAAGGAACAGAUAGGACUUGUGUGGAUCCUGACUUAAAUCAAGUUAAGAAGAAAAACCAAAACACUUAUGAAAUUCUAAGGGAAAUGUGUACACUAAUAUUAAGAAAUGAUUUUCUGUUUUGUGGUUAUGUUUUUAUUUUAAAGCAGAUAUUCACCUUUUAAAACUCACACUCAAUGGUUGGUAGAUUAAAUGAUAUGAUUUUGUUGGAAAUAAUGCAGUAAGAGGAGGGGGGUAGGAAGUGGGUAGGGGUGUAGAUGGACUAGGACUGGUCACAUGGGCACCAUUUCUGAAGCUGGGUGAUGGGUCCCUUGUUGGGGGAAGGGGGGUUUCUACUAGGUCUUGCUACUGCAUGCUUAUAAUUUUCCAAAUAA